GUUUUGUGUUACGAGCGGAUGAGCGAAGGAACAGAGGAAGGAGUGGGAUGCUGAGUGGGACACUCAGGUAGUCCUUUAAUCUGCCACAAUGGGUGAACCUCAGCAAGUGAGUGCCCUCCCUCCUCCUCCGAUGCAGUAUAUUAAAGAAUAUACAGAUGAAAAUAUUCGGAAAGGCCUGGCCCCUAAGCCGCCUCCACCUAUUAAAGAUAGCUAUAUGAUGUUUGGGAACCAGUUCCAGUGUGAUGACCUCAUUAUACGGCCCCUGGAAAGUCAAGGCAUCGACCGUUUGCAUCCCAUGCAGUUUGACCAUAAGAAAGAACUGAGAAAACUCAACAUGUCUAUCUUGGUCAAUUUCUUGGACCUCUUGGACAUAUUGAUAAGGAGCCCUGGCAGCAUAAAACGAGAGGAGAAGCUGGAAGACUUAAAACUGCUGUUUGUUCAUGUUCAUCAUCUGAUAAACGAAUAUCGGCCCCACCAAGCCAGAGAAACACUGAGGGUCAUGAUGGAGGUGCAGAAACGUCAUCGUCUGGAGACUGCUGAGAGAUUCCAGAAGCAUUUAGAGCGUGUUGUUGAAAUGAUCCAGAACUGCCUGGCCUCUUUGCCUGAGGAUUUGCCACAUUCAGAUGGAGGGAUGAGGGUAAAAUCUGAACCCAUGGACACAGAGGACAACAGCAAUUGCACUGGGCAGAAAGAGCAGCAGAGAGCAAGUUCUAGCAUCAAGAAGGAUCAGGUUUUGGAUAAAGAUUCUUCCAUGUGCAUGAUUAUUGAUGAACUGACCUGAAAAGAGGGCCUUGAUAUUCCCUUUGUUUCAACAUAGUAAGACCUUGUGAAUAAGACUGAAACUGAUGCUAAAGAGUUUGAUACACCUUUUUCUUCUAUGCUGCCUUUAUAUAGCAAUAAGCAAUCAUGGGAUAUAGUCUGUAAGAGACAGUAAACCAAAUGAUGUAUUUUUGUAGCUUUUCAGUGUGUACUUUGUUUUUUUAAAAAUUGUCUUUAAAGAAAAAAGUAUAAUAGCUUAUUGUUCUGCUGGGGGGGGGGGGAUUAGGCCAUGUCCAUUGUUCACUAGUACUAAACCAUCACCAGUCAUUUCUCAGCUUCCGUUGUUAACUUCUUUUAUUCAUGCAUGUGAGAAAUGCUGUAAUGAAUUUGAAUCUCUGCUGAUUGUUCUUUGUUGUAGGCAAAGCCAAACAAUAUGCUGCAAUAUUGCAGAAGUUGUAUCUGUAUACACAGUUAUACAUAAUUACAGUUAUAUAUCUGUAAUUUCAGUUAGAAAGCAGCCAAAUAUGGGUACAUUAGUUGCCAGCAACAGUACUUCUGCACGUAUGAAGAUUUUGGUGUUUAAUUUGAACUUUAAAAGAAAAAUUAAAUAUUGGUUGUCUGUUCAAAAGACUGUACUUAAAAAUAAUUCAGUUUUGAUACAUAUCUGUUGUGAUUUCUUUGUGUCUCCACACCAGACUAGCUUGGAUCUUAGAGGAUGAACUCUACCAUCUUCAUGGGGCUGCACCAUGGCUGUGAAAAACCAUCUUCUGUACUGCUUACUCUGGGAACAAGAAAGUUGACUUACUAAGUUUACAGUGCAAUCCUGUGAAGAGUUGCUCCAAUCCAGGCCCACUGAUUUCAGUGGGCUUAGACAGGACUAACUGCAUAGGAUUCCACUAUUAAUGACAGAACUUGGCAAUUAAACAAGGACACAAGAGUGAGUGGCAAUGUUACAGUUUUUCUUAUGUGUCAUCAGUGAUCUAACAGAAACAUUGUUGCUUUGCUGAAGGUGCCACAAUUCAUUUUUCUGUGCCCAGCUAUGCUAAAGAAAGUCAUUUUUAAGGUCAUACCACUCUUUGACAGCUAUAAUUGUUGUGUAUGUGAUUUCUAUCCGUGAAAUACUUGCAACUGUUUGGGUUUAAUUGAAAGGCCUUGUGUUAAUUUGAGUGUAUUAAAUUUCUACAAACUUCAGUUCCUAGUUUGCCAUUAUUCUGCUGUUAAGGGUUCUUUUAUACAUGCAACACAUUAUGCCCAGUGAUGCUUUUUUCUGUGAGACAUUGAUAGAGAGCAGCACUUCGGUAGCAA